AUGAGCCUGCAGAAGCAUCCCAUUAUCAAAAGACCUAUACUACUUGAGCGGCUCCCUAGGGACCAUGACCCUAACGACAUUUGGAGUCCUUAUCCCCGCCAGGCCGCGCCCCAACCAGCUCAUACCAAUUGUGUGAUCAAUGGCGUCUUCGAUCUGAUGCUUAUCGUGUGGGAAAUAUGCGACUACUUCUUCGGAGAUAACAAGCCGGAGAUCUUGGAACUUGAGAAGGUCAAUGCCUUCCAUUAUAGGCUACAGAAUUGGGCCGACAGUCUUCCCGAAUGCAUCAUCCUAGGAUGCAAUGCAUUACCCGGAGUUAUGGACAUGCACAUGCGUUAUUAUACAGUUAUAUUAGUUAUGUUCGGAUUUGUUGAAGCUAAUGUGAUAAAGGGCGAUCUAGAAAGCAAACGCCGUAUCAAAACCCUGAAGUUAGAUGCAGCGUAUAACAUCGGCACAUUGAUCAAUUUAUUCCGGCUAGAGUGGCCUGCGGAGUGUGUUCCAGGGACCGCAAUGCAGUAUUGCUCCGUUGCGAUGUUUACACUUCUUGAAAACCUAGACGAUGCUCAAAACAAGCAGGUGUUUGUCGAAUGUUUCAUCGUUCUUCGGGCCCUCGCACGCCGUUGGCAAUUGGCGAAGGGAAUCCUGCGGCUUAUCCAGCUGACAGCGAUGAAAAUGGAAGCUGCGCUUCCCACUGAAAUGGAGAACCUCUUUAAGGAUUUUGAGGCCGAUCUCUGGAAAGUAGAAGAUUCUAGGAAGUUUAGCAGCCUUUAUCCGAACUUUUCGGUCGCUGUCAACCAACAAAAGGGAUCAGAAUAUCACCAAGAGGAGGCUGAGUUGGAUCGAUUCCUUGCAUCAUGGGAUAAUAUUGACUUGGCUGAGACUGUUAUGGGACAGGCGACAGAGGCAAGAGACGCGAGUAAUGACAGUAGCGGAAAUAGUAGGAAGUAG